UUCCGUCGCGCUUCUAGGAGGUGCCAAGAUGGACGCUCCGCGGGCCCGGGAGCAGCUCCGGCGGCGAUACCUUUUCCCGCCGGACACCGAGGCCCCGCUGGACAGCGAGGGCUACGCCGGGCCGGAAGCCUCUACAGCUGUUGAAAAAAAGGAGAAACCUCUUCCAAGACUUAAUAUCCAUUCUGGAUUCUGGAUUUUGGCAUCCAUUGUUGUGACCUACUACGUUGAUUUCUUUAAAACCAUUAAAGAAAACUUUCACACUAGUAGUUGGUUUGUUGUUGGUGGUGCCCUGCUGCUCCUCAGCCUGUCGAUUGCAUGUUACUGCAUCCUCUACCUGGAGUGGUGUCGUGGAAUUGAAGAUUAUGACGUCAAGUACCCCACCUUGAUACCCAUUACAACCGCUACUUUUAUUGCGGCCGGGAUUUGCUUCAACGUUGCUCUGUGGCACGUGUGGUCCUUCCUCACCCCGCUGGUGUUGUUUACUCAGUUCAUGGGGGUUGUGAUGCUCAUCUCACUCCUUGGAUGAUUUCUAAAGGU